AUUGCCAUAGCUACGCUACGACUGAUGAGAGCGAGCUUGCAACUGGUUCAAGGUUGCUCUCGGAGUAACUAAUGCUGCUCUCUGUGAGCCCCCCAGUGUGAUUUGUGGAGCCUUCGUUGGAAUUUUCGUAAAGCAUCGAAGAAUUGUGAGAAGCUCCCCGGUUUCGAUGUAGUGCGAAGGCUGGCUGUGAUUUUGAAAUUGGCGUUCCGUUGUAUUUUUUGUAUCGUGGUCUCGGGAUUUUUGAGUUGAGGAGUUGAGUGAAGUUAGCAUGGCGUGCUUCAGCGGGUCUUGGGAGAUUGUUGUCGGGCAAGGUUUGUGCUACAGGGAAACGAUUAUUGCUUCAAUUGAUUUUCUGUAGCGCUGUUGCUUUGCACGCACGGGUGCUCGUUGCUUUGUUCCGCCCUCGUGCUGUUUUGAUUUUCGAACGGUGUUUUUUUCGUACGUGUCUCUGAUUGGUGUUUCAUAUUUCACACGUUGUGUCACAUUCGCUGCAUCUGCUUCCAGUGGCUCUAGAGAGUCGGCUUGCGUGUUCACGCUCCUUUUUUUUUUUUUUUUUCCACCUCUCCCUAUAGCCGAUUUAAGUUGUAAGUAUUCGAUUUUUUAGAAGAAGAUAGAUGACGCAAAAAGAAGGAUCAUCGUUACUUGCAAGCCUCGGCGCGGCGUUCAACUUGCAGUUCUCGCUGCUUCGCAGCAACUCCAACAAUGUGGCGUCCAAGCAGCACCCCUUGUUGCAGGAAUUUGAGAACCGACUCAGCGAUAGCUUGGACUCGUUGAAGCCUGCCUGUGAGGAGAAAGGCUACUUGAGCAUCCAUUGGCUGCUUCAAGCUAUGUCUGUCGUUCUGGCUACGCAUAUUAACGUUGAGGCUCUCAUUUCAGAGUCUCAACUUACCUUGUGUCUUCAGAGAGACGACAAAUGGUUAAACGAAUAUCUUGACGACAGCGCCAAGCUUCUGGAUGUUUGCAACGUCCUGAAGGAAGGGAUAAGUGAGGUAGAGCAGUACCAGAUGUCGGUGCAGCGUGCUUUGCACAAUCUUGACAACAGGGAAAUCUCGUGCGAGUUUAAGUAUUCGCGAGCGCGGAAUUCUUUGAGUGAAUGCAAGGAAGCUAUUAAUAGGAAAGACACAGUAUACAGGCAAGGGUUUCCCAAAUCUAAGCUGGAGAAUUGCAGUUCCAUGUUGAGAAAUAUGGGAGAGAAGCUUGUGAAUCCGAAGGGGUUAGAGGCCAUUAGAGGUAAUGGAUUCUUGAACGCGAUCUAUGGAGCUAAGGUGACGACGAUUUUCUUGUGCGGAUUGCUGGUCACUGCUCUGACAUGUAAACCGAAGCGGCCUCUGUCAAGUCUAAGCGUAGCAAGCCACUACAAAUGGUCACCAUCUUUAAUCUCCUUGCAGCAGCGAGUGAAGGAGGACACCGAUAAAAGAAAAAACAAAGGUUCCAUUGCGUUGCUCCGCGAGCUUGACAGUGUCGACGCCUCUGUGCGUCGUCUGCAUGGAAUUUUGGAUCAAUAUUUGAGCGGAAGAGCCUUUCCAUUGUCACAGGAGCAAGCACAAGAGUUGGCUCUGGAUGUGGACGAGUUACGAAAGCAUUCUUCGGAUCUUGGACAAGGGUUGACACCGUUGGAGGGUCACGUAAAUGAGCUCUUCAGAAUGUUAAUUGCUAGUCGGCUGGCCUUACUUGACAUCAUCAGCAGCUCAAGAACUUAAAGGAAGGCGUUAUUGCAUCAUAUUGUGAACUUGGUCUUCCACUAAUCUCAACUCACGGCCUCUCAUGUCCUCGUGCCAAUGGGUAUGUUGCAACUCAUUGGAAGGUAAAGUUGCCUGUCGUGCAAGUGUAAAGAUUAAUUUCUUUACAAAUUGUCAAAAGUAUCCAGUGAAGGCUUGGCCUUUUGGCAGUCAAUUCUCCUGCGGUAAUCAAUAUCCAUGGAUAGUGAAUGUAGAUACAUAGUGACAAGAGAAAAUUAUGCGUAAAAUAUCAUAAUAUCAUUAUCAUACA